GUCAGAUGUUGCUAGCUUUGUGUCCCAAGGAGAAAUGAUAGCAGCAGAAGCAGACAGCUGAGAAGAACAGAGUUUUGCCCAGUCGUGGUGUGAAUUUCAGAUAAGGUUGCUGACAUCAUGAGUGACUCAGGAAGUUUAUUUGGUGACGUUCACAAGCCCAGUGCCAGAGCCAUCUAUGAACAGAGGAAGAAGUAUUCCAACUUCAUUGUGGCAGAUGUCUCUCAGUAUGCUGUCAAUCACCUGGUGACCUUCUCCAUUGGGGAAGAGGAUGAUUUGACAUCUGUGGAGGAUGCUAUCAGAAAACUAUGCAUCAUGGAUAAGCAAGGGAAGAUCUGGGUUCAGGAGAUGUUGCUCCAGGUCAACGGGUCAGCUAUCAAGCUCCUUGACAUAAACUCAAAGGAGGAACUGGAGAAUUAUGCAUUGGCAACGGUGGCUUAUUGUGAUGCUGUCUGCCCUGAGUCCCGUUCCCGAUCCUUGCUUGUACUCAUGUGCCAGGAAACUACUCAGCUCAGACCGGAUAUUCACUUCUUUGAGUGUGAACAAAUUAGGGCGGAAUGGAUCCAGCAAGACAUCAGCAGUGCUCUGCUGGAUUUCAACACAGGAGGAAAUACGCAACGGAUGGAAGCCUUGAGAGCUGCCCAAAACAUGCUUGAUAAUCAGGAGGUCUUCUCUCAGCCUCCUAUGCAAGUUCCUUCUAGGACAAAGAUUGUUGCACCAGGGCCAAGAGAAGAUGCCAUCUUGAUAGGGGAACCUGAUCUGGCCAUCAUCCAAACAGAGCAAAAUGUGGAACUGCUGAACCGAGUUUUUGAUGAUGUGGAAGCCUUCGUCAGAAAGCUGCAGAAAGCUGCAGAAGCUUUCCGUGUCCUGAAUCAAUGCAGGCGCUCUGCGAGAGGGCGCCUUCGAGAGCCAGGAGAGGGACUCUUAACCAUCAGAGCAAAAACCCCAUCCCAAGAGGAGUUUGAAGACGCUCUGUCCAAAAUCAAAUAUUCCUUUAGCCUUCUGGCAAGGCUGAAAUCAAACAUCACAUGCCCUACUUCAGAGGAGCUAAUAUGUAUUCUUUUCAAACCCUUGAAGAUGAUUGUGGAUUCUUCUGGGGGUGUGGAAUUUGCUUCUGAAUUGCGCAAUCCCAUGAUAACUCUAGAGGCAGUGUCUUUGAUGAGAAGCUGCUUAGGAGACUGGGAAACAGAACUCUGGCAUUCUCUGGGUGAAAACUGGACUAAGCCCAGGGUGGAUUUCCCCAGGGGCUAUGCAGCUCCCUACCACCUAAUUUUUUGCAGUGACUGGAAGCCUCCUAUCCAAGAUGCUUUUGGGAAACCUUGGGAAGACCCAGUGGAGAUGCAACACCGCCAUGAAGAACGCCGUAACCAGCAAUCGGCUCCCACAAUUGCAGCCAAUGGGUGCAAACAUUUAGAGAAGAAAUCAGUGAUCUGCACCCACAACUUCACAGCCAGAAACAGCAAUGAACUGUCAGUGCUUCAAGGAGACAUAUUAGAGGUUCUCGAUGAUAGUAAGAAGUGGUGGAAAGUCAAGAAUUGUUAUGGUCAAGCUGGUUACGUCCCUUAUAAUAUUCUUGCUCCAAUGCUGAAUGGAGAUCAUUCCAGUAUCCAGAAUGACAAGGAAAUACUAAUAAUCCAUGAAAUCACUCCUAUAAUAACGAAGAUACCACCACCUCAGCCACCAGCCAAGACCAAAACUCUACAGUCCAAUGGUGUAAAAUGGGCCAGCAUGGAGGACCUUAACAUGGACCACAGCAAGAAAGAUAACUUCACCAUGGUCAAUGAGGAGCUCGUCCUGAAGCUGGCCAACGGGACAAGUGGCGGUAGUAAGACUCUUCACAUCCCACGUACUCUGGAUACUGAUGUGCCUUUAGACUACAAUUCAAAUUCUGAUCAAGUCCGAACCUGGUUGGAGGCCAAAGGGUUCAAUCCAUUGAUUGUCAAUGCCUUGGGAAUUCUGAAUGGCGCUCAGCUCCUUUCCUUGCAAAAGGAUGAGUUGAGAGCUAUCAAUCCAGAAGAUGGCCCUCGAGUCUACAGCCAGGUUACCAUCCAGAAAGCCCUCCUAAAGGAUUCUGGGAAAAUGUCGGAGCUAGAGGCCGUGAUGGCAAGACAAAAAAGAAAGGCAGAAGGAUUGGACUAACAGAGCUCUCUUUUUACGUGGUGGUGUGACUUUGCGAAAGAAAUGUGGACAUGCCAGAUCUUUCUAUAGGAUCAGAAUCUACAUUGUGUAGGGAGAUCAGUGUGAAAGAAUUGGUUAUAAUUGUUACUGUGGGUGUUUUAUAUUCUUGAUUCGCUAUAAAGAAGAGAAACCUACUGGUAUCCCCAGUUUCAUGGAGCAAUCUUCUAGCACUCUCCCUAUUCCUUAAUCCUCAAUUUUUUUUAAAAUAAAGAAAAAAAAUUAUGUCCUAUAGGAUCUACACUAUCUCCAUUUUGGAACAAUUUGCUUAUCUCCUUGUAGAAUUAUCUCUCAAUCUCUCAGUAGGAAAAUACAAAUAUUAUAUAGUGCAUGCUACCAUCCAUUCAAUUUUAAUUAUUUCAUUAAACAUCAGCCUGGAUAUUGUUGAACAGAUUUUUUUUUUCCAAUUGUAUGGUCUCGUGAACUAUGCAUGUAAAUCUACAUAAAAGCAAUAAUUUUAUACACAGUUUAUUUACAGAACAUCGUAGGAAUUGUAGUCAAAGUUCUGCCUGGAUGUUCAAUGAGUGACAUUUUGAAACUCUUAUGAAGCAGAUCAUCCUGUCUAGCCAAAAUGACUCCAUCUGUUUUUUUAUAGGUUCCUGAGAAAUAAUAGCUCAGCAUUAAAAAAAUUAAAUAAUCUAAGGAAGUAUGUGUCAUAAAAAAUGACAAAUUAUUAUUAUAAGAAUUAGUUGCUUAAAAUUCAGAGGCUUUUGUUGUCACAGAACAAUACAUUUUUUGGUCACUAGGUGGCAGUCGGCAGCCUCUAUGGGCAAACCAAGCUACAAAUAAUUUCCCUGCAAAUCAAAAAGAUUUAGCCAGAUUUUUAACAGCUUGUUCCUAUUGUCCUAAAAGCAUUUUUAUGGAGAAAAUGAACUGAAUCAGCUGCUUUGAAGGAAAAUGUGAUGUUUCAACUAAAAAAAAAAAGACUUUAUGAUAAAAUGGGGCCAUUUGCCUUGAAACUUGCUGUGCUGAGAUUUCAUUAUAGGGUAUGUGUGUAUUUGUGUAUAUGUGUGUUAGCUAACUACCGUGUUUCCCCGAAAAUAAGACGCUGUCUUAUAUUUUUUUGAACCCUGAAAUAAGCGCUUGGCCUUAUUGCCAUGCACUCAAAAGCCCGAUUGGGCUUGUUAUCAGGGGAUGUCUUAUUUUGGGGGAAACAAGGUAUUUAAUUGGUUCUUUUUGUCCAAUAGUUUUCUCACAAUUUGAUGAACACGUGUUGAACAAAAGCACCAUAAUUUUGACUGCUGUGCUACAAAGGCCGUUUUUGUUAGAAGUUUCUUGAGUUCAGUUUUAUCCCUAAAUUUACUAGCAGUUCUCCACAAAUUGUUUACUCCAAGCUGCCAGUAAGAUUAAUGUUUUUGUGGAGGAGAAAGAUGUGGAUGGUAAAAAUCACUGUAAGCUGCUUUCCCAUAAUAAAUCUAAUGCAAGACAUUUAUUUUAAGCCUAUUUAUAUGAAAUUACUGUUAAUACCCUGUUCCCCCCAAAAUAAGACAUCCCCUGAUAAUAAGCCCAAAUGGGCUUUUGAGCGCAUGGCAAUAAGGCCAAGCGCUUAUUUCAGGGUUCAAAGAAAUAUAAGACACGGUCUUAUUUUUGGGGAAACACAGUAUUUGUUUUAAAAAGAUUAAUUUUCAAAAAUUCUUUUUUAAAAAAACUGAAAUUGAUUUUGACUCUAGAACAGGGUCCCUAGUUAAGUGGCCCAGUAAGCCAAAUGGGUUUCUGAACAGCAUGUAAAUCUCCCAGGAAAUAACAUUUUAAACUAACAUUUUUAAGGCCAGAAAUUCUGUUCUCUGACUGCUUUGCAGGAGAGCAUCAUUACAGAAGGACUAAGAAUCAAUCCCAAGAUCAUCUAUUCCUUAUGGGGGCACUGGUGAAUCCAAUACAGAUAGUCCUCUACUUACAACAGUUCAUUUAGUGACCAUUCAAAGUUACAACCACACUGGAAAAAAAGUGACUUAUGACUAUUCUUCACACUUACGACUGUUGCACCAUCCCCAUGGUCACAUGAUCAAAAUUCAAAUGCUUGGCAACUGAUUCACACUUAUGACAGUGUCCCAGAGUCACGUAAUCUCUUUUUGCAACCUUCGGGCAAGCAAAAUCAAUGGGAAAGCCAGAUUCACUUAACAACCGUGUUACUAAUUUAACAGCUGGACUGAUUCACUUAGCAAAUGUAGCAAGACAGGUCAAUAAAAUGGGGCAAAACUCACUUAACAAAUGUCUUGCUUAGAAACAGAAAUUUUGGGCUCUAUAAAUUGAGGACUACAUGUAAGGGAUUUCAGUUUAGUUUGCACCCAGCAAAUUUAGCGCAGUCCAAAAAAACCCACACAGGAGACCAUCUCUCAUUGGUAACUAAUUAAAUUUGCACAUUUUAUGUUUCUGAUUUAUUUUCUCCAAACUUCCUAAGAGGCCAACUGCUUGUUUGUUGUAGUGAUGGAAAUGCAGUAUCUCUUAUUGUUUCAGGACUUGGGGAGAUUUUAUGGAAGACAUUGUUAAUUAUAUUAAAAUCUGUAAAUAAAUUUUUCGAACAAUAA